AUGUUGAUGGCGGUGCAACAGUUUGCUACCAUUGGUGACGUUAUCAUUGGUGGUUCUCAUAAUCUCCCUGCCUGCGGCGUAUGGUGCGUGCUCUUGAUAGGAUUCUCUUCGCAUUUAGAAAAGUUCUCGUCCCUAUUCAUGGAAAUUGGACGCUCUUCCCCACGCUAUCAAGACCUGGCAUUGCUGUACUCCUGCUCCGACAAGAUAAAGCGAGAUCUUACGGAGUAUUUCAUUAUCGUCGUCAACAUCUGUGAGCAAUUCGUGAAUUACGGCAAGAAGUCUAAGUUUGUCCAGCUCACAACCUCUGCUUUUGAUACACAACUUCGACGAUCGGAAUCGGACUUAAAGCAAUACGCUGCAAAUGUCAAGGAGGAAGUCGACACUCUGAACACCAAGACUCUAGUAUACGAGUCUCGCGAAAAUUCAAGAAUCAGAGCUCUUAUUGACCGAAAGGACCGUAAACGAGAUAACCAACAGAAACUCAAGAGACGGUCGGAUUACCUGAGCGCCUGUACGGACUACGACCACGAAACACCUUGGAAGCAAGCCCGAAAGCGUGGGAAUGCUACGUGGUUUGCCACUGAGAAAGAAUACAUGGAGUUCAAGUCAAGCAAACAUUCUUCAAUUAUGGUCCUUUCCGGGAAAGUCGGGUCCGGAAAAACAGUCCUUGCAGCGAACGUAGUGGACGACUUGAUUCUCUCCGGCAACAGUACCGUCUGCUACUUUUUCAUCCGUCACGAUAUCAGCAAAAGCUCCCAAUCAAGUAUCAUCUUGAGGUCUCUUUGUCGCCAGCUGCUUUCGCGUCAUGUAGAUGACGACGCUGUGGAUUUGAUUUGCGCUCAGGACAAUCCAAUCUUGGACGACAAUGCUAUUCUGGGCCUCCUCAGAUCUCUCAUCAAGCUCAGCAAAAGAGUAUUCUUCGUGUUGGAUGGUCUUGACGACUGUGACGACAAUGAUACACACAUCGUUGUUUCGACCUUGCGUGACAUGGUUCGGUGGACCACGGACUGUGUCUUGCUCGUCUUUGCAUAUCUGAGGUCACAAACAGACAACGUACAUUCCAAGUAUCGAAGGUUGGGCCCAGAACGACUCUUGAGCAUAUUGGAAGACAAUCCCGACAUAGGGUCAUUCAUCGAUUCGGAAUUGGCUGCAAGGAUAGAAGACGAUCAGUUCGUUUUCGGUGAUCCAACAAUUGUUGUAGCGAUCCGAGAUGCACUCUUGAAAGGGGCAGACGGAAUGUUUCUCUGGGUCGUUUUGCAGCUCGACUGUCUCUGCAACAACGACAUCGAGACAGAUGACUCUAUCCGACGCAGCCUCCAAGAUAUGCCUAGGGAUUUGCAUACUCUUUUCAGCCGCAUACUUCAAAGGGUGAAAGUUACAGGUCCCUCGUUUCAAAGUCGAGUGCUAAAGGUUCUUGUCGCCGCUCAACGCCCCUUGACAUUGGACGAGAUGAGAGAGGCGCUCAGUAUUGUACCCGCAGACGCCACAUGGAGACCCCAGCAGCAAAUCAACAACAUCGCGCAUGCCCUGGCAUCUUGCGGGAGUCUAGUUACCAUUGAUGAAGAGGAAGGCACUGUUCGCUUCGUACAUCAGAGCGUGUCACAAUUCUUACUCCAGGGUGCCGACAACGAGACUCCAUUAGAUUGGCACUUCACCUCUCAUCAAGCAAGCUUGGAAUUGGGCCAGUUGCUAGUGACCUAUCUGAGCUACGGGGUUUUCGAUCGGCAGUUAUCCACCACGGUAGUUCCAAACAUCUCGGUCGGCAAAGCACCAACUACGGUGGUUCAGCAUGUUCUGAAGGACGGAUCGUGGAAAAAGACUGCGGCCCUGAGAUUGUUGCGCCUCCGAGGUGAGCAUGAUCCAGAUCUUGGGAAAACAAUCACAGAAGUCAGUGGUGCCUAUAAGAAGAGCUCCGAGGCCCAGGAUAUUGGACGGACGUAUAUCGCGGCAGAGUACGCUACGUUGUUUGUGAGUUCCAUCCUGAAAUAA